UUUCAAACAGGAAAAGGCGCUCGCUUCAAAUGACCCUCGCACUGUUUCCAUGGUAACUGUUAUUUCGGUCCUUUUACUGUACCCUGUGGACUUAAUGGCAACUACACGCCAAUAAUUCACCAUCCGUCGCUAAGCUAUAAACAAACGUUCUUGCGCUCAAAAAACGCUGAAGCGUUUAGAAUGGAUUAAUUCUUGGCGUUCGGCCGCCCUUGGUACCGUUUUCCUCAGGCGUUAUUAUGCAACGGCUUUAAUCCUUAUUAGGAUUAUACGCGCGACGCUGCCAUGACAACCGGAACGUGAAAACUGGUGUUGUCUCUCAGUUGACAGAAAAGUGAAAAUUGCGGCUUUUUGAGCACGCGCUUAUGAAGAUGGGAUGCUUGUGAGCGCUGUUUUGGUCACAUGGCUGAAGGACGCGGCUGUGUUGAAUCAGUAGCGGCGGGUGACAGCAGCGGGUCUCCUGCUUUACACGGAUACCAAAAUAGGAGCUCGACAUUCUCCAGUGGCUGACGCUAAAUGCAGGGGCCACAUGUCUGAUCUGACCGAGCACAAGACACACUGUUGGGGAUAAAACCUCUCUGGCCGAAGAAAGGACGAGUGCCUGUCAGUCGCUAUACGGGUCAGUUGCAAUGUCAGGAAAAGCUCAAAGCGGUUACUCCUAUGAGUUCUGCGACGCCUCCCACUCCUCCGAGGUGCUGGAAGCGCUUCACGAGUUUCACAGCAGUGGUCUUUUCACAGACGUCGCUCUGCAGUCUUCAUCCGGACAGCUCUUCCACUGUCACAAGGCUGUCCUAUCAGCCCGCAGCUCCUAUUUCAAGGUAAUGUUCACCUUAGACAUGAGAGAACGUUUGAACGACACCAUCAACCUACCUUGCAUAAACGGAGAGGUUCUGGGAGCUUUGGUGAGCUACGUCUACACUUCGAAGAUCAGCAUAACCCAGAACAACGUCCAGAGUCUCCUGGAAGCCGCAGACCUUUUACAGUUCAACUCGCUCAAGAAAGCCUGCGAGAGCUUCUUGAUUCGUCUGCUGGAUGUCGAUAACUGCCUCGGGAUGCAUUCGUUCGCCGAGCUUCACGCGUGCUCUGAUUUGCAGCGCGAGGCUUUGAGGAUUAUCCUGAGUCGCUUUGAAGAGCUCACGCUCCAGGAGGAGUUCCUAGAGGUGGAUUUCCAAAAGCUCUUGAUGAUACUGGCUACAGAAAACCUCAACGUGUGGAAAGAAGCCACUUUAUUGGACGCGGUGGUCAAAUGGGUCGCCCACGACGCGCCUCCUCGGAUGGACCGCCUUCAGGAGCUUCUCAACUGCAUCCAUCUCGACGUGGAUGACGCUUACCUCGAAACCGCUUCGGAUCUACGCCGACGCUGCUCUGAAAACAAACUGCGAUCUUUGAUUCUCGCGUCCUUAAAGCCGGCCAAAGGUUUCUCGCAGUGCUGCAAGAAACUAAAGUGCAGCUUGUAUGUUAUCGGUGGAUAUUACUGGCAUCCAUUGUGUGAAGUCCACACGUGGGACCCCUUUUCCAACACGUGGGUUCAGGGCAAAGACAUGCCUGAUUUCGAAAGAGAGAGUUACAGCGUGGCACUUCUAGGUCCUGAUAUCUAUGUGACUGGAGGAUACAGGACACAGACUGUGGAUGCUUUAGGCACCGUGUGGAUUUAUAACACAGACUCGGACGAAUGGAGAGAAGGAUGUCCCAUGAUCACAGCUAGGUAUUACCACUGCUCCGUGGCUUUAGGUGGAUGCAUAUACGCCAUUGGUGGAUAUACUGCAGGAGCUCCUACGCAAGAAACUGAAUUCUAUGACCCCCUGAAGAAUAGAUGGUUUCCUGUGGCUGAUAUGAUACAAGGUGUGGGAAAUGCAACAGCUUGCGUGGUGAAUGACAGGGUCUAUGUAACCGGAGGGCAUUAUGGGUACAGAGGAACCUGCACUUACGAGAAGAUUCAGACUUACCGGCCAGACCUCAAUGAGUGGAGCAUCACAACGAUAUGUCCGCAUCCAGAGUACGGCCUUUGCUCCGUCUCCUUGAACAAUAAGCUUUAUCUGGUCGGCGGUCAGACCACCAUCAUAGACUGCUAUGAUCCCGAGCGAGACGAGUGGAGGCAGAUGUGCGCGAUGAAGGAGAGAAGGAUGGAGUGUGGAUCGGCCAUUAUAAACGGGUGCAUUUACGUAGCAGGUGGGUAUUCGUACUCUAAAGGGACGUAUCUGCAGAGUAUAGAGAGGUACGACCCUGAGAUCGACUGCUGGGAGAUUGUGGGAAACCUCCCGUCAGCUGCACGCUCGCACGGCUGCGUCUGUGUGUUUAGCAUCUGAAUUCACAGAUGAAUUCAGAGACCGCUUUUAGUCAUUUAAACAUGGAAAUGAAGUGUUAGAACAAAUGUUUUAAAGUAUGAGGGGAAUACUUUAGAUUUGGCACUAAUUCAGGGUUCCUACAUUUAAAUAUUCCAUACUUCUCCUGUAUGGAUUUUUCCAUACUAUUCCAGACAUUUUUUUUUAUUUUUUUAAAUGUUUUUUUCCAGACCAUAAGUAACAUCUGAUAAAUUAUUUAAAAUCCCAUUGGCUACAUAUGUGUGCUAUUAUUUGCCAGAUAUUUGGUGGAAUAUUAUAACCAUGCACACAUUUUAUUAAAACCAAAUUCUAAAAUAUAGAAUUAUUUUUACACACUUUCACACCGAGCACAAACCUGUGGAAUAUAAUUCAAAUCGCAAGAUAAAAUGAACGCUAAAUUGUAAUAGUGUCACUAAAUAAAGUCCAGGAUUACUUUAUUAAAUGUACAAAAAUAAAAUUAGUGAUGCAUUUUUUAAAACAAAUUUUUUUAAAUAAUAGCAGAAUAUGCUAUCCAGUAUAAUAAUGUUUGCUGCCAUUAUCAUAUGCUCACCUAUAAUGUAUUCAUCCACACAACAUUAUAUUAGGUUAUUUUCAGCAUUAUCUGUAAAUACUUACAAAGUGAAAGAUACACUAUCACAUGAAAUUUAUAUUUUCGUAAACAUGAAAAAAAUAGAAACAGGUAUUUUUUUCCGUACUUAUCCAGACCUAGAUAUUACUUAAAAAAGCUAAUUUUAUAAUGCGUAGGAAUUGCGCAAAUUUGUUACACGAGUUGUGACUCUGCUUAGAUGUUUGUCCACUAACUAAACCAGUUAUGCCGGAGAACAUGGGUACUAGGUUUUGCUCACAUCGAAAUGGAGACAAACCAAUAAAAAUUAAUUUUCAGUUCAGUUUAUCAUCACUUGAACUGUACUGAAAAUCUCAGGCUUUUGGACCCUGCUAUAUAAUUGUAAAAUGGGUGUAAUGUUGAAAUGAUGUUAUGUUUGCUCAACACGUCACUGAUAAUGUGUGAGACAGUUUGUGUGUAAUCUGUGCUGAAAGAUAAGGGCUGUUUCUAAAUGUAUACAGCGCAGUAGAUUACAGCACUUCACUAUUUGCACUGUACCUUUUUGUAGACUGUCUGUUUUGGUGUUUGAAAAUCACGAAAUGUAUUUAUUCAUUAGUAUUAUUUAUAUUUAUUUGGAUGAUUUCGUAUGUGUAAGCCAGUUGUGAAACCAGGAUUUUACUAUAAAUAUGUGUGAUGUGUAAUUUAUUGUUUAUUUUAUUGACCCGUGUAUGCUGCCAAAAAUGUGAAAAGCACAAAUUUAAAUAAAUUUCCAACAAGUGCGUUUGUGAAACCUA